GCCGCUAAGAAUUAGGAGCCACCACAUUAUAAUCAAAUUCUGCACGCUCUCAGCCCCAUUUCUCACCAUUAAUGGCUAGAAUAGUAUGCUCAAAUCUCAUUCCUUCAAUUACAUCACUACCAUUGAAGCCUUCACUCCUCUUCCAAUGGCCAAAUCUUUCAAAUUCUUCGCAUUCGAUGCUUUCCAUGAACAGGCGAUUUUCGUCAGCGAAAAUAAGCAUGAGCUUGAAAGCCGGCAUUGUUGGCCUCCCCAACGUUGGAAAAUCCACUCUAUUUAAUGCCGUCGUUGAGAACGGAAAAGCUCAAGCUGCAAAUUUUCCUUUCUGUACAAUUGAACCGAAUGUAGGAAUUGUAUCUGUUCCUGAUCCUCGUCUUCAUGUACUUUCUGAGCUCAGUAAAUCACAGCGAGCAGUCCCGGCAUCCAUAGAGUUUGUUGACAUUGCAGGGCUUGUAAAAGGAGCUAAUCAAGGGGAGGGCUUGGGUAAUAAAUUCUUAUCCCACAUUCGAGAAGUAGACUCCAUACUUCAGGUUGUGCGCUGUUUUGAAGAUAAUGAUAUUGUUCAUGUGAAUGGAAAAGUUGAUCCAAAAUCUGACAUCGAUGUUAUCAAUUUGGAGUUAGUCUUCUCAGAUUUAGAUCAGGUUGAGAAGAGAAUGGAGAAACUGAAGAAAGGCAAAGCUAAAGAUUCACAAUCCAAAAUGAAGGAAGAAGCAGAGAAGUCUGCACUGGAAAAUAUCCAACAGGCACUGAUGGAUGGAAAACCAGCACGAUCUGUAUCUUUAACGGAUUUUCAAAAGGAUGCUGUAAAGCAUCUGUGUUUACUUACAAUGAAACCUGUCAUAUAUGUAGCAAAUGUGGCAGAAUCUGAUCUAGCUGAGCCUGAAAGCAAUUCUUAUGUCAAAGAAGUUAUGAACCUUGCUUCUGAGUUACAAUCUGGACUAGUAACCGUCUCAGCACAGGUUGAAGCAGAACUGACUGAACUUCCACCAGAAGAAAGGAUAGAAUAUUUGAAGUCUCUUGGUGUUGAUGAAAGUGGACUGGGAAAUCUUAUUAGGGCAACAUAUGGGCUUCUGGGACUGAGAACAUAUUUUACUUCUGGGGAGAAGGAAACAAAGGCCUGGACCAUACAGGGAGGAAUGACUGCACCUCAAGCGGCUGGGGUUAUACACUCUGAUUUUGAGAGGGGCUUCAUUCGAGCAGAGACGGUUGCUUAUGAUCAUUUUGUUGCUGCUCGUUCAUUUGCUGCUGCGAGGGAGAAGGGACUUGAAAAAUGGGAAUCACACGGGGACUAAAUGAGAUUUUCUAGGGAAAAUGCUAGGGACAAAGUUGAGAUCGGAGGGAAAAGACUAUGUCGUACAAGAAGGGGAUGUGAUGCUAUUCCGGUUUAAUGUGUAACUGGAAUAUCCUCGACGGUGAAAUGCCUUAUUAGUUAUACAAUCAAGUUAGGUAGAACCCGAGAGUAUUGCCAAUUUCACGUAAAGACGAUAAAUCUCUCAAAGAGGCUAUUUUUUCGAACCAAAAUGUGUUUUUCAGAGACGGAAUAGACAAUUUUUGCUUUUUCAUUGAGAAUCCCACGAUUCAUGGAACUCGCGUCAAAUGCUUCCCAUUCAUGUAAUUUGUUUCAUAUAUUACUGAAUAAAGUUUUAUUUUUAUUAUUUU